AUGGAAGUUGGCGGCCUAAAAGUAAAGAAUAAAUUAUUUACCAAAUUAUCCGAUAUAAGUGAAAUAUUUAAUAAACAUUUUUCAACAAUCGGUUAUAAAUUAGGUCAAAUAUUCGGGAGAGUUAUUGACGCGGAUCAGUUUCCACUUAAAACUACAGAAACAUUUCGUUCAACCCCUGUGACAGAGAAGUUUGUUUAUGACCAGUUACUUCACCUGAAACCCAAUAAAGCAAUCGGCCUGGACAAAAUCAGCUCGAGAUUACUUAAGGACGGUGCAGAAGUUAUCGCCCCUAUCCUCGCGAAAAUAAUGAAUUGUUCAUUCAAUUCAAAAUCUUUCCCUCAGUUUUGGAAAUCCGCUAAGGUUAUGGCAUUGUUUAAAAACGGUAGUACGGACGAUUGCAACAAUUAUAGAUCCAUAUCAAUAUUGCCUACCAUCAGCAAAAUUAUCGAACGCGCAGCGUAUACGCAAUUUUACAAUCACCUUCAAGUACACAACCUCCUACAUAUGAAGAAGUUUGGUUUUCGUCGAAAGAGAUCGACAUCUAGUGCUUUUCUCCAGUUUAUCGACGACAUCCUAGGGAACAUGGAGAAUGGUCAAGUGACUGGAGUUGUGUAUCUUGACUUGAAUAAAGCCUUUGACACGGUUAAUCACCGUAUCCUAAUUCUCAGAGAGGACAAUACAAAGGCCAAAACAACUGUUCAAGAGGUAAAUCGUUUGGUAGCAGAUUACUGUACUGCGACUAAAUUAAAUUUAAUUAUACAUAACAACAAUAUCCUCAGUAAGUCGCUUAACAGAUCCAAAUUGCAUCUGAAUAAGUAAGGAUCUUCUACUUUAGCUAAAAACUUUAUUACUUAUUUACAUAACUUUUAGCCUAGGUAAAGUUACAACUCUUUGCAGCAAAAUUUCCGAUACCGAACCAAAAGAGCCAAGAUGCUCCAUUAAGAAGAUUAUUCCACAAACAAAGUGUGAAAAUAGCAUUACAUUUUUACAAUCUUUGAAAGGAUUUAGAGUUGGGCAUUUAAACAUCGCUUCGUUAGUCAAGCAUGUUGAUGAAUUAAAAAUAUACUUGGAAAAAGAACCACUGGAUGUUUUGAGCAUUUACGAAACUCGUUUGGAUGAAACAAUUAGUACAGAUACUAUUAGUAUACCCGGUUACGACAUGGUUGCCAAAAAUCGUAAUCGGCAAGGAGGCGGUGUUGCAAUUUACCAUCGCAGUAUUUUGAACGUAAUUGAUAGAGAUGAUUUAGUCCCAGAGGACGUCGAGGCUGUUUGCCUCGAAAUUAUUAAGCCUAAAUCUAAACCUGUCUUAGUUGCAUCUGCAUAUAGGCCACCGAAUUUUCAAAUUGAAUUCCUUGAUAAAAUUGAA